CUCCUCCUCCUCCUCGUCUCCCUCCUUCAGACACAAGAACUGCAAGAAAUAAAUGUUGUAGACUUAGCAAUUAUGGAGAUGAUGGUCUAAGGAAGCUUUUUGGAAAAUGGCGGGGAUUGCCCGGAUUUUCAACUAAGGAAGCUGCCCAACAACAUUGAUUUUUAAUUUUUUGACUGGGGAUGAAUGUUCGGAUUUCUGUCUUGUUUUUUUCAUUUUUUUCCCAUUUAUGGACUUCAUCGAUUACUGUAUUUAAUAUUUAUGGAAAAAGCCCCAAAAAAGGCCCAAUAACAAAAAAAUGUUCAAUUUUUUGUCUAAAACAGAAAAGCCCAAUUAAAAACCCAAACCGUCAAUCCGCCCAAACCAAACCGUUCAAAACGGAUUGGAUUGGUCCGGUAUAAACAUCAAUCCGGUUUGAUUACGGAUUGAAAAAAUUUAAAACCGUAAUGACCGGUUUGGUUACGGAUUACUAUUAAUCCGGACCAAUCCGGUCCGUGAACACCCCUAUCGUAUCUAGGUGAAACUGGCUAUAUUUGUUUGUUUUAGCUGCAAUCAGUUAUUUAGUCUGUCGCUUGAGCUUAUCAUAUUUCAAUGUUGUAGGCAUUUGUGAAUUACGGGAAGAAGAAGGCAUAAUGUCAUCAUUCACAAGUAGAACAACUGCAGCGGCAGUUGCCGGAGAUCUGCAAGUAGUAACAGUACCAGCUUCAGGGAAGCCACCUCUUCCUCCUUCAUCCGCCAAACCCUCGUCCAAUGCCUUAGUAGAAUAUAAUCCUUCUACGGCGAAUGUCCUCGAAGAUGAGGAUUUGGAAAUCAAGCUCCGACGAAUACUCGAAGGUGUACCUGUCCGUGUUAGCAAUACAUCUGGGAGUUCUGCUGGUUCUGGCUCUGGUGACUUCCAUCAGUAUCGCCAAAUGAGACGGAAAGAGCAAGACCGGCUUGCAAGGAUGGAAGUUGACUAUCAGAAAAGGAAAGAGACGGUAGAAUUCCAUAUGAGAAGGGAAGAAAGACUAAAGGCUGCAGAGGAACGCACUGCCAAGAAGCGCUUGAAACGCCAGAAGAAAAAGCAGAGGAAGAAGGGAAGAAAGAACGAAUCAAGCACUAGUGGUGCAGGGGAUGAAGAUGAUCGACGGCAAAGCGGAGAAUCAUCAUCAUCAGAUGACGAUGAUCGUGCCAAUUGAACUUUAUUGCUUUGUGAUCAUUAAAAAGGUCUUUCAGUAGUCUGAUAUGUGUAGUCUGCAGCUUGUUGUCUUGAAGUUCACCAAACACCAUUAUGAGUUUGUGUAAUGAAAGCAAAAGAGUUUUGGAGGAAAGAAAGAAUUUCACAAGGGCUGCAAUGUCAUUAAAUCUAGUCACUUUUAAUCUACUACUGACUAUUCGACAUUAAGUUUGAUAAUCAGGUUGUAUUUCAUAUUUACUUAUCAAAAUUUGGUAAUUGUUACUCCCCGGUCCUUAAUAUAAGGCAUUUUGAUUUGUCUUAUAUUUAAUCUAGUAUCUAUUUUUUAAUUGACAAAAAAAUUUUAAAAAUAUUUCAUAACAAUUAAUAGAAUAUGAAAAUAUAUUUUUAAGGGUUUUUUAUCAAUUAAAAAUGUGAAUUAAAUGAAACUUAUGACAAAAUCAAAAUGUCUUACAUUAAGGAUCGGAGAGAGUAUGUUAGUGACAAUAUUGCCUCCAAAAACACUUUUAGCAUGCAUUUGAAUUCUUUUCCAUUUAGUGUAUAACCCACACAUAGGAAAUGAAAUAUGUUAUGUUCAAGACUUCAAGUCACAUUUUUCAGUGUUUUGGACUAAGCUUGUGUUGCGUUUUUAAAAAAUAUGAUAAAUUCACUUUUAAAAUUAAUCCAUCCA